GCCAUUCAACAAUGAAAUUUCGUUUAGCGGAGGAUCCGUUCAUUGUUUUGUCUGAAAGGGCUUUUAUACAAAAAUUUAGACUGACAAAAGUUCUUGUACUAAAUUUAAUUAAUGAGCUACGCCCAUAUUUAGAACCCCCAUCGAGGAAGUCUGCUCUAAGUAUAGAGCGCAAAGUACUAACAGCUUUACGAUUUUUCGCUAGUGGAUCUUACCAACAAGACAUAGGGGAAAAUCGAGCUUCCUCUGUUAGUCAACCUUCAGUUAGCAAAUGCAUAACUGAAGUAUGUAAUGCAUUUAAUAUGCCUACUAUUUUUAACAAAUACGUGAAAUUUCCGUCAACUUUAAACGAAUUAAAUCACUUAAGACAAGAAUUUACUAAUGAAUAUGGAAUACCGGGAGUUAUUGGUAUUGUCGAUUGCACUCAUGUUGCAAUAGUGCCCCCACAAACAAAUGGACCUUGUCCGGAACACAUUUACGUGAACAGGAAGAAUUAUCAUUCAAUAAAUGUGCAAUUAAUAUGCGAUUCAAAUAUGGGAAUACUUAAUGUAAAUGCAAAAUACCCUGGCAGCACUCAUGAUAGUUAUAUAUGGCGUCGGAGUAAUGUGUCUUCAGUAAUGGAAAAAAUGCAUGACGAAGGAAUGCGUUCCUAUUAUUUACUAGGAGAUUCUGGUUAUGCAUUGAAACCAUGGCUAUUAACACCUUUACAUAAUCCAGACCCAUCUACUCCAGAAGGGCGUUACAAUGAAUGGAUCUGUAAAACAAGAUCAUUAAUUGAACGUACCAAUGGAUUAUUAAAAAUGCGAUUUCGGUGUCUUUUAAAGCAUAGGGUACUUCAUUAUCACCCCAUAAAAGCUUCAAAAAUAAUUAAUGCAUGUGUUGUACUUCAUAAUAUAUGCAUUAAAAAUAAUGUACCAGAACCAGUACAUGAGGUAACAAAUGAGGUUGAUUUAGGUAUGUACCCUACCGAAGAAAAUAAUUUAAAUGUUCAACAAGUGAAUCACACUUUAAUGGCCGGCCGAAGGAUGCAACGUCAAAUAAUUGAAAAUUAUUUUACAUAAUAACAAACUAAAUUUAUUACAUGCAUACCUAUUUGACUUUUUAAAUUUAUAUUUGUAUGAAUUUAUAUUCAUAUAAAUUUACUACCUAAAACAAGGAAACAAAUGAAAUAUUAUGUACAUCAAUAAAAAGGAAGCAUUAAAAGGAUUUUUAAAUGGAUAUUUAUUCAUCUUGUUUGGAUAAGAAAUUUUUUAUAUUUUCAGCUAUAGCUUCA